UUCUUCAGUCAGCCGCAUCCAGUGCCCGAUAAUGGCGUUGUUGCGGACGCUGUCUGUGCAAUUCAUCAGCUGUUGCUUUGGAACGGAAGUGUAAAGAGACGUACUUCGUAACAGCAUGCACUGAAUAAAGAAACGUGACCUGUUGUGCCAACGUAUCUAAAGCGAAAGGCUAUGGGCGCGCCAGCCUUCGUGAAGGAAUUCCGCGAGUUCAUGAACCUGCACAGCGACGGAAGCCUGUUCGGCGGCAGUGCCCAGGCCCGGCUCGGCAGUUGUGAUAGCUGCCUGACCAAGUUCGGGCUGCUCAAGCGGCGCCACGCAUGCGACCAGUGCGGCACGGACUUCUGCGCGGCGUGCGUGCGUGGCCGGCGCUGUCCGCGCUGCCGGGCGCUGGCAGCCGGACGGCCCGCACUGCUCGCGCUGCGUCCUCGAGACCUGCGCGCGCUGCUGCACGCCCGGGGCCUAGCACCACCGCUGGGGGCUCGCGAGAAGGCCGAGCUCGUCGACCUGCUGCUGCUCGAGUCCACCGCCCGUCCGGAGGCUUCCACAGGAGCUAGGGUGGGACAACCAGAAUGGCCAGAGCAGCCAGGUUGGACUCGGCAACCGCCAUGGUCGGAGCGGCUAGAAAGGCCCCAGCGUCCAGAACGGCCAGAACAGCGAGAAUGUUCAGAGGUGCCAGAGCACGCAGAAAGGCAAGAAGAGCGAGCAGAGGUGCCGGUACAGCCUGACCCACCACCCACAGCUUAUGUUCCACCACCCCAAUGGGGUGGGCCAUUCCCUGGCAUGUCCUCUGAGGAGCCUGUUCCAGAACCCGCUGAGAACAGCAGCAGUGGCUCUGGAAAUGGUGCAGACAUACCUCCACCACCAUCGGCUCCACAGUGUGAAAUGGCUCUUGAACAUUAUGAAAGCGUGGACGAGCUGGGUCAGCUCACGGUGAUGCAGAUGAAGCUCAUGCUGACUCGCAACUUUGUCGACUACCGUGGCUGCUGCGAGAAAGCUGAGCUGCUUGAGAAGCUAAGCUGGCUGUGGCAACAGAAGCGCAAGCAUCAAGGGGAUGCAUUAUGUGAAGAGGAUGUGUGCAAAAUCUGCAUGGAGGGCUGCGUGGACUGUGUGAUCCUGGACUGUGGACACAUGUGCACCUGCACGGGCUGUGGCAAGCAGCUGAGCGAGUGUCCCAUCUGCCGCCAAUAUGUUGUGCGCGUGGUGCACGUGUUCCGCGCAUGACCCCUGAGGAGAGAGAAGCAACGCUGUUUGGCCAAUGCGGCCGACAAGAAGCUGUUCUUCUGCAGGGAAUGUCACGUACAGAAGUGCAAGGACUUGCGAGAACACUUGCAGCAGAGUGAUAAGCUCCGAAAUUGACUAACUGUGUGGUAGUACGCAGUUUUAAUCUUGAGUUGGCGUCGGAACAGCAUGUGCUCUUACUGCACAGAUCGCUGACCACCAGAGGUGCAGUUAUAGUUGUACCCAUAAUUAGUGACAGUUCUAACAGUUCUGUGUAGGCAAACAGCAAAUUGUACGAGUGCUUUAAAUUUGUUCUUUAGUGGCAACGAGAGUAGACACACCAUCACUGUUGAGGCAGGCAGAGGUGGCUGUUGUCUGGCCGUAUUUUUGUGCUGUAGCACCUGACGCUUCCAUCUAUUGUGCGACUUUCAAAGGUUGUUUACACAUCUUUCAUUGAUUACUAGUGUCAGUCGGCCAGCAGAAUAGCAGGUUGUGGUGGCAUUUCUGAACACUGCAAUAUUAAAUUUGUGCAGUGUUAUGCCCUCCGUGGCAACUUCCUUUGCAUGCUGCUGAUGCUAUACUGCUGUGUUCCUUGGUUUUAUUGUAAUUUCAUCUAAAAAGGAAAAAGAUUAGUUAUAUAAGCAUUUCUGCAGGAGACAUUGGAAAACGAGUUAAAUGGGCCAGAUUUUUGUUUACGGUAUUGCAGUUUCAUUUCAUAUUAUUAUUGUAGUGUUGCUACCUACCUGACGACACAGAACAAUCAACAAUUCUAGUGUAUUUAGUUGCAGGAGGUAACUGAAUCUUUGUUCAUCAAUUUUAUUACUAUUUACAAUGUGUCUGAGUCUUUACACAGAUGUGUAAGGGCAAUGAUUGCAAGAGCAUUUGUUUUCCUAGCUUUGUUGCUUCUUUAGUCUGCACAGUAAAAAUUUGGUGACAAGAUUGUAUUGUAACGAUUGUGAUCACGGUAAUUGAAGGUGCACAUUAACACCUGUGUUAUUGUACACCUGUAAAGUUGAGUACUCAUUCACUUUGUGUAAAUGUGUGCUACAAUUGUUUAAUAGAAAGAUGUCUUCAGGCAGUAGCUGUUGUUUUCUUUGCACUCUACAAAUCUUUAGUUCCUUUUUGAGAUUUUCCUAUCUGCUGUGGCUGCUCAUAAGAGUGAAGUUAAUGCUGCUAAAAUAUUGUGAAGUCGUGAUGACCAUUUUACUGUGUUUGUCACUCAGUAAUCAAUUUUAACUCAAGUUUGUCACAAGCGUAGUUUCAUUUGAAGGGUUAGUAAUACUGGAGGCAUGAAGUCAUCACAUAAACAGAACGUUGGUCAAGCUGAAGCAGUAUGGAUGCAUUCUCUAGGGCAUUAGGAAUGCUCUUGUACACUUUCUUACAAAAUUAAAAGUGCGUUAAGUCAGCAUUAUGCUGGCUCCCAUGUAACAGGGAGGGCUGAAAAUUAUUUUUGUCAUGAAAGUUCACCCAUUUAUUGGAGUUGCGCACUGGGGGAAUUGCAGUGCAACGUCAUUAAUUCCUGUCAAGAAUGUGGCAUAACUACGCCCUUGACGGUAGUAUGCACCUACUGGUACCUACAAAAUUUUUUUUCUUUUUGUGUGCUGCUACCAAUAAAGAAAUGCUGCAGUGAUUGUUACUUAAAAUA